AUGGCCCAUUGCGAGCGGGCGUCUAAACCGCUGCUCCAAUGCCUUCGCAACACCUACUCUAAGGGAGUAGCGGGCAUUCCGAUCCAGACACGAGCCUUCCAGUCGGCAGCUGGUCUUGGAGAGGCCCAAUCCGAACCGACAAGCCAACCAUUCUACAAGGCGCCUGAUCCGUCACUUGUCUCGAGUCCCCGGCUGGAGAGACGGUUGUUGCGACAGGGCACUUCCCCCAUUGGGUCUCGUCGCCGACGUGCCGCGUUGCAGGGUUCUUCCAACAUCCCUUUUGAGCAAUUGCCCUACCAAUGUUUCCAGGAAGCACGAAAGGUUCUCCUUAACGAUCGGGCAGAGAAGCUGGAGCAAAUUGAAAAGAUGAGGCAACGGAUUGCGCGGGUGGAGGCUUUGUCCCUUGAAGAAUCGGGGGGCGAGGUACCGCGCAAGUCUCGACUGCGGGCGAUGCAAUUAGAACUGGAGCGUCUCAAGAUCCUGGCCGAUGUCAAUGAUCCGCUAGUCAAGCGAAAGUUUGAGGAUGGUCACGGCGAUAUGAGCAAGCCUAUCUACCGAUAUCUGGCCGAACGCAAAUGGCGAGAGUACCGCCGCAAGAUUCUAGUCCAAAGAAUCACGCAGAUGAAGGUUGUUCCGGAUGUCCUGCCUCACUGUGAGCCGACCGUAGAUACCAAGCUGUAUUUCGGCAGGCGUCAGAUCCAACCCGGCGAGUUCGUCCAAGCCAAGCUCAGCUCAACCGCCCCGAGAAUGGAUGUACAGAUGUUCGAGCGCGGAGAGAAGCUGGUCACCAUUGCCGUGGCUGACCCGGACGUGCCCAACGUGGAGACGGACAACUUUGAUUACAAGAUGCACUUCCUGGCUGUCAAUGUCCCCAUCUCGACCACCGCCACCAAGCUCGAUCUCUCCCAGCUGUCGGCCGAUUCCCAGGUCGUCCUCCCCUGGCUGCCGCCCGUUGCCCAACUGGGCAGCCCUUACCACCGUCUCUCGGUCUUCGUCAUGGAGCAGAAAGACUCCCAGCCGCUCGAUUUCGCUGCCGUGAAGGACCGGGAGACCGACCGCGACAGCAUGCUCCUGCGCACCCUCCAGGCCCGGUAUCGCCUCAAGGCUAUUGGUGCACACAUGUUUCGCACCCAGUGGGAUGACACGACGCUGGAAGUCAUGAACCAGAUCGGAUUCGACCAGGCGAACAUCGAGCUGCGCCGGAAGAAGGUCGAGCCCCUUCCCUACAAGCGCAGGAACCCUGCCUCGUUCCGGUAA